AUGACCCAGGAGGAAUAUGAGCGACAACCGGUGCCUCCGUGGGCCGUCAUGAAGUUCUCUUGUCACAGCCUUAGAGACCCUACUCAGCAGGGCUUCCUGCGGAUCUAUAUGCAGAUCCCUCUUGAUGGUACCUUUUCUAGCGCUGUAGAAGUCCGGGCCCAGCAGGCUCUCAGCCAGCAAACUCACUCGGAGCUCCGAGCGCUUGCAUGUCUCGAUCGCGAAAAUUGCACGGGGUAG